UUGACAUGUCUACUCCGAAAAAGUAGCGCCACAGUGGCGUAAGCUGGAGACAUGGAAAAGUAGUGCUGAAAUUAUUGUCGUAUAUUUUGUGAUUGUUUUCUGAUUAUAUGUGGAAAAUAUUGAAAAUUUCACUGAAAAUUCGUUUAUAAGGACGCGGGUGCAAAAUAUGCUCUGAAAAUGAAAGAAAGCAUCCAUCGAUGAGUCUAACGGCGGGGUGUUGGCAUUGGCAACCAUCGGCCGUACUGGAUCGCAGCCGUUUUUCUUAACAUGGCUGCAACGCAGGCCGAAAAGCAGCAAAAUGACGUGAAUAGUGAAAAAGUGCAGCCGGAUCAGCAUAUUAACGUGCGGAAUUCCUUGUUGCAAAAUGGGACCGAUAAGAGUGGAGUUCGUGCGGGUGGCAGUGUGGUGAUUCCGAAGACGAAGAAUACCGGUGGAAAAAAUCUCGCCAUCGAAAUGAGUCAAUACCGACAGGACGGCAAUAGUGGUGGAUCGACUUCAAUUCCGACGCAUAAUACGACUGUGGGGCCCGUACAAACGGGGGGGCCUUGUGUUAGUGAUACCAGCGAGACGGAGUCGUCAGCCUCUGGGGCCCCGACGUCCGAAUCUAGCCCAUUUUCCGGGGAAGCUCCACCGUCUGGAGACGGUUACGGUUUCCCGUACUCAAGGGACGCAGUGCAUAACAGUGGUGAAGGUUUACACGCGUUUGGACCACGACAUUCGUUCGGGGGCCCGAAACAGCCGACACCGAACUUUUCGCAACCACCGCAGCCUCGGUUUGUGUCUGGACAAGCUAUAUCCCAACAAACGGGGCCGACCCCAACGCUCAAUCAGUUGUUGCAAAGUUCGAAUCCAAUGCCUCACAGAUACCAAAACAGCUACGACCAGCCUUACAACCAAGGAUGGUCGCAGAAGCCGAUGGGGCCCUACAGUGGGGCUCCGUCGUUAGCUCCUACCGCAACGCCAACAUACAGGACACAAGGCACGCUGCCGUCGCCUUACGGCAGUGCAGCUCCGACGGCUGGUUACAGCGACGCUGGACGUACCGGAUGGCCAGGUCAUUCCGUUACGUCACAACAUCCACCCAGUAGUCCUGGUCCACCAAGUUCGGGGGCUACUCCAGCUAGUCAGCCCUCGCCGCAGCCUACGGCGCCGAGCCAUUCCCCAGGUCCUGGAUCAGGCCUGCCGCCCAGUCCGCAGCAUCAGGGUUUUCCGAGUAGGCCCGCCCAGCCUACCACACCUAAUGCCCAUGGACCGGACGCAGCUGAUCUGAGUGGGGGCAAUAGCAACGACAGUUCCGGUGGCCCGAUCCCGGGAACGCCUAACUCGCAAGGUAUGAGGCCGACCCCCUCUCCAACAGGUUCAACGGGGUCCAGGUCGAUGUCGCCGGCAGUUGGUCAACAGAACAUUCCCAUGCCACCUCGACCUUCCAGCGGGCCAUCAGACCCUCCUACCAGAAUCAGCCACUCUCCCAUUGGUUCUGCGCCAGGCAGCUACCCAAGUACACACCCUGCAUCGCAUCCCUCCCAUGCGCCUCACGGGUACAAAACGCAUCCAGGGAUGACACCAUCGGCUCCUCCCACCGCGCAACAGAUGACUAUAUAUCAGACCAGCCAACAGUAUCCUCAAUCAGGUGGCUAUCCUCCCAGAUCACAACAGUACCCUGGGCAAGGAUACGGACCACCAGUCUCUCAAGCUCCUCCAUCUAACGCAAUGUCGGCCCAGCAGUAUCAGGGCAGACAACCAAACCACAUGCCGAACUCGCAGUUCCAGCCUUAUCAACAAGGGUGGCCAACACCACCACCAAGUUCGAAGGGUAAUGGUCCACCUCAAGCUCCGACGUCUCCACGACCUCCUCACUACCUCAAACACCACUUACAACACAAGAUGGGAUUCGGUGCGAUAUCAGGAACUCCGCCAAGUCCUGGACCUCCGCAGACUUACCACAUGGGGCCUCCACCACCUGGUCAUCACCAUAGUGGAAUGGGACCUCCGAACAAUCCUAGUAUGGGCCCUCCCAAUAUACCUUCUUCGGGCAGCCAGCCUAUGCCUAACAGUCAUUCCCAGCACGAUGGUCCAAUGCCUCCACCAAGUUCUACUCCAAAUUCUCACUCUAUACCUCCAGAUAUGAUGGAUAAUGGUAUAACUACGACAGCUCAGAGUGGUAUGGGUGCACAUGUGUCUACUGCUUCUUCGGGUUCUGUGACUUCUGUUGUCACAACUGGUCCGGAUGGUGCACCUAUUGAUGAAGGUAGCCAGCAGUCGACCCUGUCCAAUGCUUCUGCAGCAUCUGGAGAGGAUCCUCAGUGCACCACGCCGAAAUCAGGUAGGAAGAAUGAUAUGGGUGGACAUUACAGUCAUCCCUCUACACCUCAGAGUACAGUACCAUCGCCAGGCGCAGCCAGCAUGAACUCCAUUCACGAGGAAUACAGCGAAAUCAGCAGUCCGAAUUGGCCAAGGACACCUGCUAGUCCUGUAUUUAACAGCCACGUGCCUCCACAGGACACCUACCGAUCAAAGAAAACUGACAGUCUGGGAAAACUGUACGAAAUGGAUGACAGUCCAGACAGGAGAGGUUGGUUGGACAAACUCCUGGCAUUCAUGGACGAGAGAAGAACACCGAUCACCACCUGUCCAACCAUCUCAAAAAACCCGCUGGAUCUUUUCAGACUUUACGUUUACGUGAAAGAACGUGGUGGUUUUAUGGAGGUGACGAAGAACAAGACGUGGAAAGACAUAGCUGGACUCCUAGGGAUUGGAGCUUCGUCUAGCGCUGCAUAUACACUGAGGAAACAUUAUACGAAAAACCUGCUGGCUUACGAAUGUCAAUUCGACAGGGGCGGCAUUGAUCCACAGCCGAUAAUAAACCAGGUAGAGGCUAGCUCUAAGAAGAAGAGCGCCAAAGCAGCAUCUGUGCCCUCGCCAGGUUCUUCGAACUCACAGGAUUCGUUUCCGGCACCUGGAUCCGGUGGUGGUUCCUUAGACGGCUAUGGUUACGGAUAUGCUCCAGGUCCUAACCAGGACUACAAUACUGGACAGAGACCUUCUUCACAGGCCAAUGCGCCAUCGCCUCAUGGUGGUGCCGGUAAUGUGAAUCAUUUGAACAAUUCAGGUGCACCAGGAGGCCCUAGCCCCGCUGGCGGGGCUGGUGACAACGUGAACGUUUCUAAUCCAUUCGAUGACGUUUCGCCAAGUUCUAACCCCAGAGGAGGCCCCUUCGCUGGUGGUCAGCACCCACCUUAUACCGCUGGCGCGCCUCCUAGACAACAGGGUCAAAAUUAUAGCGGCGGUCAAGGAGGAGGUUAUAAUCAGUAUCCUAAUCCAGCAGCUGGACCUGGAGGGACUCCUUCCGAUCAGUAUUCACCAUACUCGUCUAGCCCUGGUUAUCCUCCUGCUGUGAGACCAUCACCAUACCCUCCGUACUCUGGAGGUGACUCUGGUGUCCCACCUCCAAGUCCUGGAAGUAGUCAAACGCCUCCUGCGAGUUCUCAAGACCACUACAAUAGAUAUGGCAUGGGCAAUACGCCAAGUGGAGGCUAUCAACCCAGACCGUCUUAUGGUGCUACACCUAAUUCUGGAGGUCCUCCGACUUCUCAGCCACCCGCAGGUCCUUAUGCACCACAACAAGACUACUACAGGCCUGAUCAGCCUGGUGCUCCAAAUUCCACAUCUUAUCAACAACCAAAAAAUAUGCCACCGCCUGGACCGCAGCCACCUAGACGGCAUCCAGAUUUUGCAAAAGACCAGCAAUCUUAUUCGCAAUAUGGUCAGAAUCGCCCGCAAAUGUAUAAUUGGCCAAAUAAUAGUCAAUUCAGGCCGUCUCAGUAUAGCGGUUCCGGUGGCCCUCAAUCUCAGCAGUGGCAAGGUGCUCGUCCAAGUGGUCAAUGGGACCGAUAUCCGCCACCGAAUCAACCUUAUUCACAAGGUCCACCAGGUCAACAACAAUGGAACGCUAUGGCUGCACAAGUUCCAGGACAACCUCCUCCCAUGAGAACGCCCAUGGGUCCCAGAUCUGGCAAACCGUUCUCACCGUCUAUGAUACCACCCAAAGGUGGUCAGCAGCCUCAGAUGGGUGCCUCGUACACUCCAAACCAGGUACCCAAGAGGGAAAUAACUUUUCCUCCUGAUAGCGUGGAAGCCACUGUACCUGUGGUGUAUAGAAGGAAGAAGUUGUGCAAACAGGAUCUAGGCCCAGUGGACGCUUGGAGGAUAAUGAUGAGUUUACGUUCUGGUCUUCUUGCUGAAAGUACCUACGCUAUUGACAUGCUGAAUAUAUUAUUAUACGAUGACACUUCAAUACAAUAUUUUGGACUUAACCAAUGGCCAAGCCUGUUGGACUUGCUGUUGGAACAUUUCAGGAAAGGCUUGUCGGACAUCUUCGAUCGUCCCUUCCCCAAGCCAGAAACGGAAGUGGCAAAGGAGCCCGAUAUGGGUGCAGUUGCUGAGCCAAUUGAUCCUGAUCAUAAGACUGUUCUACUGAAGGAAACGAACAAUUAUUCGACGAUAUCACGUCGCGGGGAUCCGAUCAAAGUUGAAAAGAGUGAUGACUUAUUCGUCAGGGACCAUAGGAAAUCGUGGGAUGUUCACGGAGACUCCCAUCAAUCAGACUUAUUCAAAGAAGUAGAGACUGAUCCAUGGAACAUUCAUGCUGACCAUCUCUUGCCUACUUUCCAGGCUGAAUUUGGGAGAAUACCGUUUCACAUGAAACUGAAAGAGGAAGGAGAAAGUUCCUGUAAAAGGGAAGAAGAAACAUACAGUGCUUUCAGGCCUCCUACGCCACCACCUGAUGAGGGUCCCCCAGCGGCCUCGAAGUCGGACCGAAAACGUAGGACGAAGACUUUAAACGAUGUGAUAUCUCGAAUAAAGAAGGACACAAAUAGCACAGAAUCUGCGCCCGCGAUCAUAUCUGCAGAAGUGAACAACACGCCUAGUGCAGACUUGAUUGACAAAGUAAAGACUGAGGACAUUGAGUGUGAGAAAACCAGUGUUGACUUGAGCGUGAGUGUGAACGGAGAACUGAAAACUAACGAAACUAGCGACAAUGAAAUGGUUUCGCAAGUGCAAAACAGGGCCGGUUCUUUCAAGAGGAGACGGUCAUCUGAUGUAGAAGACGAGGCUUACACGCGCGACGAGGCUAGUUUGAUUCUUCUAACGGAGAGCCAGGACAAUUUGGGUAAAAGAUGUGUUUGUAUGUCGAAUAUUCUGCGAAGCUUAACAUUCGUUCCUGGCAACGAGGCUGAGUUUUCGAAGAAUGCCACAUUCUUGAAGCUGGCCGGAAAAUUGCUGUUACUUCAUCAUUCUCACCCGCCAAGGACACAGAAGACGAGGAAUUAUGACCGUGAGGAGGAUGCUGACUUCGGCGAUUCUUGUAGCAGUUUGCAAGGUGAAGGAGAAUGGUGGUGGGAUUUUCUGCAACAGAUAAGAGAAAAUAUCCUGGUAGCGAUAGCGAACAUUUCUGGUCAAAUAGACGUAUCCCAGUUUUCGGAGGAGAUAGCUAGACCGUUACUGGACGGCCUCCUCCAUUGGGCAAUAUGUCCUUCGGCUGCUGGACAAGAUCCUUUUCCAUCCGUGGGGCCAUCAUCACUUCUAUCACCUCAACGACUUGCCUUGGAAGCCCUGUGUAAAUUAUGUGUUACUAAUUGUAAUGUCGAUCUGGUUAUAGCCACACCACCGUUCUCGAGAUUGGAAAAACUAUGCGGAGUCCUAACGAAACAUCUGUGCCGAUCGGAGGAUCAAGUACUAAGGGAAUUCUCGAUAAAUCUUCUCCACUAUUUAGCUGCAGCUGAUAGCAGUCUUGCGCGCGUGGUAGCUUCUCAAACGCCUUGCGUGUCUUUAUUGGUAGCAUUCAUCGAGCAUGCCGAACAGAGUGCAUUAGGAGUAGCAAAUCAGCAUGGUAUUGGUGCGUUACGGGACAACCCAGAUUCGAUGGGUACAAGUUUGGACAUGUUGCGACGUGCGGCUGCUACCCUUGUAUUCCUGGCUCAGCAUCCCGAUAAUCGUGCUUUAAUGGUUCAACAGGAAGCGCGACUGUUGGCCUUAGUGAUGAGCCAGAUCUUGGAUCAACAGGUGGCGUUGCUCCUGUCCAAAGUACUGUUUCAAAUUUCGCGCAGCUAAUCCCACCCUGUAGAUACUCGUGGAUGGUGUACAGAGCCUGUAUAGGACUAGAAGCUCGCGUGAGUGCGUGCGGAUGAAAGAUAAAAAAAAAUAUGAAUGGGCCCUAGGGCUCCCAUAGACCCUCUGAUAGCUAAUUAAAAUUAAUUAGUGUAAUCCGUAAUUAAUUGUACCAUUUUGUAAAUUAAGCAAGAUACGUCUUUCUGGAAAUAUUAACAUCCGUGUUACUUAUGUAUUUAUUUUAUGAUAUCAGAGUACAGUAGUACAGUAGCCCUCGAGUUGCCUGGUAUGGUGGUCAUUUAUUCCCUUUAUUUUCCUGCGCACUCACUUGUCUCAUUUCGUAAUGGUAUUACUGUGCGAAUGCUUUAUACAUGUCUGAUACUGAAUUAAUUAAAUAAAUGUACAAAGGAAGUACCGAAAUGGUGUUUUUAUACAAGUUUUAAUUUUCUAUGUAUAUUUAGAAAUGUUUUAUACAUCCCAUUUUAGCUGUUACUAAAGAAGAAUCUUUAACGAACAAGAAAGGACUGUAAAGAUAGAUGCGACCUGCAUCCCUUAGAAAAGCAGUCGUGCUCUAGAACUCGAAUGUAGUUUAAAAUAUGUGGUGAUAUUUUUCUGGCUGUAGGUAUAAUUCAACUUAUGUAUGAUUGCAUAUUGUAAAUUAAGUAAAUGCUGAAUACAUCCAAACCACUUUUAUUGAUACUUGACCCCAUGUUUUGGAAGUGGAAACUUAUAUCAAUACAGUAUCCACAAAAUAAAGAACAAUUAUGUGACUAA